AUGGGAGCAGAGGACCAGGUGAGCAGGCAGAGGACCAGGGGAGCAAAGGAGCAGAGGACCAGGGGGAGCAGAGGACCAGGGGAGCAGAGGACCAUGGGAGCAGGCAGAGGACCAGGGGAGCAGAGGACCAGGGGAGCAGAGGACCAUGGGAGCAGGCAGAGGACCAGGGGAGCAGAGGACCAGGGGAGCAGAGGAGCAGAGGACCAGGGGGAGCAGAGGACCAGGGGAGCAAAGGACCAGGGGAGCAGAGGACCAUGGGAGCAGGCAGAGGACCAGGGGAGCAGAGGACUAGGGGAGCAGAGGACCAUGGGAGCAGGCAGAGGACCAGGGGAGCAGAGGACCAGGGGAGCAGAGGACCAGGGGAGCAGAGGACCAUGGGAGCAGGCAGAGGACCAGGGGAGCAGAGGACCAGGGGGAGCAGAGGACCAGGGGAGCAGAGGACCAGGGGAGCAGGCAGAGGACCAGUGGAGCAGAGGACCAGGGGAGCAGGCAGAGGAUCAGGGGAGCAGAGGACCAGGGGAGCAGGCAGAGGACCAGGGGAGCAGGCAGAGGACCAGGGGAGCAGAGGACCAGGGGAGCAGAGGACCAGGGGAGCAGAGGACCAGGGGAGCGAGAGGACCAGGGGAGCGAGAGGACCAGGGGAGCAGAGGACCAGGGGAGCAGAGGACCAGGGGAGCAGAGGACCAGGGGAGCAGAGGACCAGGGGAGCAGAGGACCAGGGGAGCAGAGGACCAGGGGAGCAGAAGACCAGGGGAGCAGGCAGAGGACCAGGGGAGCAGAGGACCAUGGGAGGAGGCAGUUUCUCUGGGACAGUGA